AUGGGCUCGUUAGCCGACCAAGCAGGCCGCCGACCAGCCUACAUCUGCUGUUUCGUAGUAUACAUCGUGGGCAACAUUGCUCUUGCCCUCCAGCGCCACUUUCCUGCGCUGCUGAUCCUCCGCGCCGUUCAGAGCAGCGGCAGUAGCGGAACAGUUGCCUUGGCAUCCGCCGUUGCAGCGGAUAUCAUCACACCCCGGGAGCGAGGCUACUAUAUGGGACUUGCGUCGCUUGGGAAUAUUCUGGCCCCUUCUCUUGGCCCUAUUCUCGGUGGCCUCUUGAGCCAGUAUUUGGGAUGGCCGGCAAUAUUUUGGUUUUUAGCCAUUGCAGCCGCUGCCUUCUUUGUGCUCCUGCUUCUGUUUUUCCCUGAAACCUGUCGAGCUAUUGUUGGGGAUGGAUCAACCACAGCAUUGGGGUUGAAUAGGACCUUUUGGAGUUAUAUGAAGCAACCUUUGAAUCAAGAAGCUGACAGCUUCCCCCGUCAGUCUCCUCAACAGCGAAGAAAAUGGACCAUCUUGAAUCCAUGGUUCGCAUUGCGACUGUUUUCUCAUCGUCCGGUUGGCCUAAUCUUGUUGGUGAACGGAGUUAUUUUCGCAAGCUACUAUGCUGUCACUGCGGGUGUUGCUUCACUCUUUAAGGCGCUUUACAACCUCCACGAUCUCGGUAUAGGGCUGAGCUUUAUACCCGCCGGACUAGGCUCGCUGGUUAGUGCAACUACUAAUGGCGUGUUGGUAGACUGGAAUUAUAGACGAAUGUACGCAAAAAUAGGCCAGCCAGUGCGUAGGCACCAGCGGGAAGACAUCUCCGAGUUCUCAAUUGAGCAGGCUAGGCUACAAAUCGGCUUUCCUAUGACGAUGUUUGCCGCCGGCUCGAUCACGGUUUACGGGACCCUUCUGGCGCACGGAGCUCCAUUGUGGGCUGCUCUUUCGAUGAUAUUUUUCAUUUGCUUCUUCAUCACCGCCGCAUACAAUGUUAUGAACGUCCUGAUUGUGGACCUGUACUACACAACUCCGGCCACAGCCAUGGCCGCGAACAACCUGGUGCGCUGUUUUCUCGCAACUCCAGGUUCGUUAUCCUGGAGAAAUGGUGGUCUGGCCAGGAAUGACAUUGAAUGCCCAAGGUACGAAGACAAUCCGGAAUACCUGCCGAGUCUUGCUAACUGUGUAUCAGAUACUAAGACAGUUCCCGAUAUUGGUCAUGCCGGCCUGCACUGCAACACACGCUACCUGAUCCUUUUCCUCGAUCUCGACGUCAUGAUCUCCGGCACCGCAAUCCAGACUGUCGUCUUGCACUGGUACCAGUCAGACCUCAUAGUCAACUGCACAGAAACAGACUCAUCGGGUUAUCUGGUGCCGUCCGAUGGUAGUGGUGGACUGUCUUCACUCAUCGCCGAAUAUAUUGGACCUCAGCCCCCUCCCGGCUCGCACCACCGUUACGUCUAUCUCUUGUAUGCGCAGCCAUUGAAUUAUUGCUUUCCAGCUUGUUUUUCGCACAUUCCGCCGGAGAACAUGGCCGCGCGUGCUGGGUUCGAUGUGAGGCAGUUUAUGCAGGCGGCCGGAUUGGAUGUCCCGCUCGCGGUAAAUUAUUUCUUCGGUCGAAAUGACAGCUCCGGCGGGUCAUCUCGGACUUGGCAGAGUGCAACGACGACAUCAUUCCAAUCGGUGACCUGCGACCCAGCUCCUACUGAGGCAAUGUGGAAAUGA